GGUGGUGGAAGCAGCAAGGACAGCAAUACCAGCGGUGGCGGCCAUAAGGCUCCCGGAAACCCCGGUUCUUCCUCAAACAAGACGCCGUCACAUGGCGGCACCAGCACCCACGUCGUCUCGAACCCUCGCAGGGGCAGCAGCAGCGCCGCGAACAUCAUCGCCCCGCCUCCACGUGCCCACCACGCCUCCGCGAGCCCCAACCCUGAAGAUGCCUCCGCUGCCGCCGCCCCGCCGCCAAGCAGCAGCAGCAGGGACGCCAAAGACAAGGACUUGAAGCAGAAGGAGACCUCCGAUGGCACCUCUGCCGGCGUAGGCAACACAUCCGGCGGCAGCAGUAACAGCAGCGCCAAGGACAAGGACGCGCGGAUAGCGCAUCUGGAACGGGAGCUCGAGAUCAUGGAGCGUGAGUUCACGCGGGAGCUCGACAAGCUCUCGCAGAACGAGAGCGAGACGGCCGUCUUUUGGCAAGCCAAGCACAGUGAUCUGAACCAGCAGUUCCUUCGCGCCGACGCCGAGCUACGUCUGCUCCGUCAGGAGGCCGAGGCCCGCGACGCCGACCGCGAUGCCCUCCGUCGUGAGGCUGCCGAGCUGCGCGCCCAGGUCCGCGGGCUCAAGGAGUUUGUCAGCACAAGCACGCGCACCAGCGGGCAGACCUCGGACGAGGUCUUCUGCGACGGUAUGGCGCGGUUGAGCAACGGGCUGCAAAACUGGGUCAUUGUCAACUUCCGCAAGGUCAAGUUGGAUAUCAGUGCCGCUAGCGAGGACGUCCGCGAGGAACUUGGUCGGCUGGUGCCCAUGUACGCCGAUCUCGAACCCUCGGCCAAGGUCCACAUGCUGCAGUCCAUCGUGUCGCGUGUGCUCGUCGAUGUUAUCUUUGACUCGUACUUCUUCGGGCUGUCAAAGGAGCAGGCAGAGCAGCUUAAGGCCGUGGAGCAGACCCUCUCAAGUUUCGUCGAUUCGCCCGAGGCGAUCAACAACUGGCGCUCUGCGACCCUUGCCCUCCUCCACCGCGAGGCUGAGGCCAAGAUGCAGGCCGAGACGUCCGCGGCGACAGACCGCGUCAUCGCCCGCGUAAACCGCAUCCUCGACGCCGUCGUGGCGGCGGACGCACCCCCGGUCACCGACGCUCGCGACGCCGCCCUCCGCGCCCUGGUCGCCUCCGCGGUUGACCUUGCCCGCCAGCUCUCCGUGCAAAAGGCCGUCUUCCGCGUCUUCGUCCCGGACAUCGUCCCCCACCAGCGCACGCGCUUCGACCCGGCCACCAUGGAGGACAUUGGUGGCGAGGACGAGGACGAGCUGGCACACCGCGACAUCGCCUGCGUCACCUUCCCCGGCGUUAUCAAGCGCGGCGACGAGAGCGGCGGGCACAUGCAGUAUCAGAAUGUCAUUGCCAAGGCUAGAGUGUUAUGUAGUCCUGAAUAGAAACGAUGAUAUGACGUCCACCCC